AUGGUAAACCAAUAUCCUGUGAACCGUGUCGCAUCUCUAAAAUCCGGUGUGAUCAUCAACAACCGACGUGUAGACGAUUGCUACUAUCAUCCGGCCCCUUUAACUCGACCACGGAAGAAGCCACGGGCACCUCGCAGCGUGUCUCCUGUCAAUACAUCGCGUGCGGAUGAUGAGGCCCUCGACGCCUCUUCCAGCCGUGGUGACAGCGUUGUACCAACUGGGCCUCAGAUAGGCCUAACUCCUGCCUCUCAGCCAACUUAUUUGGGAUACACCAGCUUCAUGUCAGCGUUUCACCACGAUCAACAGGAUAUAAGCCUCUCAACACUGAAAACAGCCCAUGCAUCUACCCUGCGCAAGGCUUGGAGUGCCGACUUCACUCACGUAUUUCCCCGACUGGUGCAGCUUCUGCGCCCCCUUAAGCUCUAUGAAGAUUUAGUGACCGACAAAUACUAUCGAAGCUCGUUCACGGUCAUCCCAGCUCCUCUUGUGCUUACGCCAUUAAGAUUGCUUCGGAAACACUGGGACAGGGAGGGAUGGCCGCAAGAGAACUUGGGAUCCCGGAUCACCCAGAACACAGUCACCCAAUUGAUCAAGGUGGAAUCGAACAUGACAACGGACCAGUUUUACCAUUCGUUCACGGGUGCGAAUCUGCGAUGGGAGUUUGUCGGCCUCAUAUUCGCCAUGGCGGGACUCGGUGUCAGUGUAUCGUCUUCCUCCCCGUUGUUCUCUCUGAAUGGCAAGGAUGAAAUCAGCUCAGAUGCUUUUGCCAUGGAGAUGGCAGCUGCAAGUCAUGCAUGUCUUGAAAUCUGCAGGCAGUACGACAAUGUCAAUGACCUAGUGGUUUGGCUUAAUUACGCGUAUUUCGUAUUGGCAUCAAAUAUAAUGGGAGAAACAAGCCAUCAGAUUUACGCGCAAUUUGGGGACUUGGUCUCCUGCAUCCACGCCAUGGGCCUACAUCGUCCACACCCUCCUAAGCCGUCCAUCCCAUUCUUCCUCUCGGAGACCCGCAAGAGGGUUUUCGCAGCGUCAUAUCGCACCGAUAAGAAUCUCGCUACAUUCCUGGGACGGCCGCCUCGACUUCCCUACCAUUAUUGUGACGUGGGACUACCCUUGGAUCUCGAUGACCAUAGUGUCGUCCUGGACAGUCUUUCCCUCGAUAAAACUGUUAGGCAGCUUACACCGGAUGGGUGGGGUACGUUCAACGGUGGCCUUCGGCCUGCUACAGUCAUCCGGCUGCGAUACAUGAUUGCGAGGCUGCGAGAGCAGGUGAUGGAACUGUCUUUGGGGCGGGGUUUAGUUGGUUCCAGAGAAAAUGAACUCCAGACUACCUAUCAAGAGUGUAAGCGAUUGUGGGAUAGAGUCCCCAGUGAGUUUCACUACAGCAAGCACUCCUGGGAGGUUCUAGGCCCGCACUUGUCCAUAAUAAGUCUGGUCAUCCAUCUGGAAUAUCUUUAUACGGUCUUUCAGGUCGAGCGCAUCCGUUGCAGUGAGAGUCCCGAUGCCAUGACAGAUCUUCUGGACUCGGCCAUGCAGAUCGUCUCGGCCGUCACGGACUUUGCAAAGCAACGCGAUCAAGAAAGCAGCAUCCGGGGGCAGUACACGUGGAUUUUUCUCUUUUAUGCUCUCCCGGCAGCAGGCGUCGUUGCAACGGAACUCCAUCGCUGUACAGUGUCCAGAGUGCCACUACCAUGUUCCAUCCCCCGGUCCAGGAUUAUCCGUGAUCUAAGCCUGCUUGUGUCCUGGUUUGAAAGUGCCAAUCCACUGACUAGUGAGACACAUAAGGCCUGCGUGGAAGUCACCAAGGCAAUGGUCAAGCUCUUAGAUGAUACUUUAGAUUACCCUUCAGGCGCACAGACGACAGAUGGAUCACAGCCCAGCACAGGCAAUCAGCCUGCAUCGAACCACGGUGAUCGAAUCCGGGAUAGUUCCCAUUCGAUCGGGGUGUCUUUAAAUGCCUACGAUCAAGGUGAGACAAUACCGACCGUGGAUGAUCUUGAAACCAGUGAGGACUUCUUAAACUGGCUAGACGAGUUGGGGUUGGAUACCAGUAUGCCUGAGUUCUUUCGGUGGCAGUAG